CGCAGUGGUGCCGGCGCGGCCAAGGGAGGCCGACGCAGUGGGCGUGGCCGGCCCCGCCCCUGCGCCCGCGCAGUCCGGAAGAGCGAGCGGGGACGGCGCCUGCGCAGUCGGGGCACAGGCUGUGGCGGCAGCGGCGAUGGAACCCGCGGAGCAGCUGAGCGAGUUAGUGUCAGCCGAGGGCCGGAACCGGAAGGCGGUGCUGUGCCAGCGUUGUGGCUCCCGGGUGCUGCAGCCAGGAACCGCUCUCUUCUCCCGCCGACAGCUCUUCCUACCCUCCAUGAGGAAGAAGCCAGCGCUGGCUGAGGGCAGUGACCCCGAGGGUGACCUCCUGCAGGAGCACUGGCUGGUCGAGGACAUGUUCAUGUUUGAGAAUGUGGGCUUCACCAACGACGUGGGCAACAUCAAGUUCCUGGUCUGCGCGGACUGUGAAAUCGGACCAAUCGGCUGGCACUGCCUCGAUGACAAGAACAGCUUCUAUGUGGCCUUGGAGCGGGUUUCCCAUGAGUGACGGAGGGGCGGAGACUCAGCUGUGUCCCAGCCGUAAAAGUUGCUGCUCGUGGGAACUGGCAGUGGCCCUGACGUGACGUCUGUUGCCUUCUCUCCUCAUGCAGCUGCUGGCCCCACUUCCACACACCAAAGGGUCACCGCCUCCUGGAAGCCUCAGGUGCAUGCAUCCUGCUGAGUCUGCCGCGUGCCCCUCCCCGCCUCGUCCUUGCAGAGACCCUGUCUCAGCACCACCCAAGUCCCCUGUCCCCCUUUCUGCCUUCGCCCUGCUUGACCUCCCUCCCUCCCUGUUUUGCCUGCUGUACAUAAGCAUCCUCAGCAACAUGUAACCAAAGGUGCUCACGUGCUAGUGGUUAAAACCCCACCUAUGUCUAUCUCAAGAAAACCCUCGCUGAUUGGAAAGGAACUUUGUUGUAAGCCUAACCACCUGUCUACAGUAGUUUAUGUUCUGGAACAUUCACAGGUGCAGGCGUCUAAGCCUUUCAGGAGGGGCACACCAGGUGACAUGCAUCAGUGAGGCAUGUCUGCAGCGUUUGAUCAUGCAGAGGUGGCCCUUACCUUUCAGCUUGCUAGGGCGUCCUCUGCAGACUGGCUCUUCUCCCCGCAGCCCGAGCAGGCGCCCUGAGGACCGCCCAGCCCCAGCUGUUUGCCUGUGUCUCCAGGACACAGGUAGGGGUGUGGGAUUUGACUAGGCCAUGCCAAACUGUAGGUGACUGUGUAAGCUUGUGUCAUCUGGUCAGGUACCUUUUUUCUCCUGAUCCCAGGAAAGAGGUUCACUAAGGGGGGUACACCAUCGUUCACCAAACCCACCAGACUGCAUCUCAAUUCAGCUGGAAUCUCUGGACCACCUGAGAACACAAGUGUGCUGUCAGACCACCACAGCUGCCUAGCCAUGGGCGUGCUCUAACCAUUGCCCUCAGUUCCACCGCAGCUGGCCUGUCCUCUCGUCUUUCCCACCUCUCAGCAAGGAUGUGAGUGAGCAGAUUCACAGCCCUCUCAGGUCCACAAGGCUUGAGCUGGAAGGCAGGACUGAGUGCGACCCCGGGCCCUGCUCCCUCCCUUUGCCUGCUUCAUCCUCCCUUCGCCCGCAGAGCCUUCCAGGGGCUCCCCACUCCCCUGGGAACAGAGCCUGACCAGUUCUACAGUCCCCCCACCAGCACCCCAGAGCUCCAGUGGAGGAGAGAACUGUGCCUGCCACAUGGUAGCCGGGAGCCCAUGUUGCUCACAGCUGCAGAACAACAUCUCGGGUUGGAGGAACAAACACCAAGUGGAUGUCUCUGCGCUCUCCCCUCACCUUCCCCGCCCCCUAACAAACUGAAACGCAAGCUAAGCAUUUCUUGGAAUCAGGCUCAAACUUUCCUUUUGUAAUCACAAAAGUUAUACAUGUUCAUCUUUCCCUUUGUAAUCACAAAAGUUAUACAUGUUCAUUGCAGAGAAACUUUAAAGUCAGUAUGGAAGUUCACUGCCACAUGGGCCGUCCCGAGAUGAGCCAUGAGGUGCAGCGUGCACUCCUCUGAAGGCUCCAGUGCGUGUGUCUGCAGAAACACGUCCAGUGUGUCCUCGAACACACUGGAAACCCUGCCACUGGUCUCUGUAACUUGUCCGUAAUCCCUCAGGCAGGCAUCACAGUGUUGCCAAUGUUCCUGUGUGCUCCUGCAACUUAUUUCACAAUCCUUGGCGGCCUCCAGUUUCUUAGCAGACAGCAAUGUCCCGUGCAGCCUGGUACCUGAAUCUGUACCUUCGUUCCAGUCGGCUCCUAGGGGUGCGGUGCUAGGUAGAGCCCCAGGACUGCCUGUUGAACGGCUUUACCAUGUAUGACACAGAUCAUCCCUGGAACUGCACACUUCCCCUCCCCCAGCACUCAAUUCUCUGAACCCUUUACUAACACUGGGUAUUUAUUGUCUUUUUUUUAAUGCUUUCCCACUUUAACCAGAAAAAAAUAUAUAUAUAUAUAUAUAUAUCUUAUCUCAUUAUUUUAAUUUUCGUUUUCUUUCUCAUGUGAUUUUUAUAUACUUAAUUGGUCAUUUAUACUGAGUUGCUCUUCUGCCUGUCACUUGGAUUUAAAAAAAAUAAAGGCAUCUCGACAGUGGAGAA